CUGCAUCUGAUCCCUUUAAAUAGCCGCAAGCGCUAAGGCCGGCUUAGCGUAGUGUGUGCUUCUUGUGUCUCUCGUCUUCUCUCGGAGGAGCAGAGUAUCUCCUAAGCGAGAUCCAGCUGAGAUCUUGUACACCAGAUUCUUCUCCCGUAUCAUCGCCUCAAAGUCCUACUACAGCCACAGAACACCAAGUCCACACACAAAGAACUCCUCCUUUGGUGUCAUGGAAUUAUUGCCUGUUUCUGAGUAGUUUUGGUCUUAUUUAUAUGCGUGUGUAUACAUGUAACUACAGUUCAGCUUCAUCUCACACCCACUCCUUUCUCUCUUCUUCUAAGCUGAGAGCAGAGGAGAGAGAAGGAUUUGUGUAUAGAGAGGAAUGGGAGUCGGGAGCGAGGGCGGGGCUACGACGGCGGUGAAGCGCAGAGGCUGCUCCUGCACCAAAGAUGACUUCUUCCCGGAGGAGUCGUUCAAGAGCUGGGCCAACUACGGCCGGGCGCUCCGGGAGACGGGGAAGCGGCUGCGGGACCGUGUCACUGCGCGGUCGCUGGAGCAGUCGGAGCUGCACGAGGUGCGGCUGCGGAGCGGCCACGACAUGAAGAAGAAUCUCACGUGGUGGGACCUCAUCUGGUUCGGCAUCGGCGCCGUCAUCGGCUCCGGGAUCUUCGUGCUGACGGGCCAGGAGGCGAGGGAAGACGUCGGGCCCGCCGUCGUCCUCUCCUAUGUUGUCUCCGGCAUCUCCGCCAUGCUCUCUGUCUUCUGCUACACCGAGUUCGCCGUCGAGAUCCCCGUCGCAGGUGGCUCCUUCGCCUACCUCCGGGUGGAGCUCGGCGACUUCAUGGCGUUCAUCGCGGCCGGCAACAUCCUGCUCGAGUACGUGAUCGGUGGCGCGGCCGUGGCCCGUUCCUGGACCUCCUACUUUUCCACCCUGCUCAACCACGAGGCCAACGACUUCCGCAUCCACGCCACCGCCCUGGCCGACGGCUACAACCGCCUCGACCCCAUCGCCGUCGCCGUCAUCUGCAUCAUCUGCCUUGUCGCGGCGCUCAGCACCAAGGGCACCUCGCGCUUCAACUACUUGGCCUCCAUCGUCCACGUCGCCGUCAUCCUCUUCAUCAUCAUCGCUGGCCUUACCAAGGCCAAGGUCUCCAACUACGACCAAUUCUUCCACUUCGGCGCCCGUGGCAUCUUCAAGGCCUCCGCCGUCCUCUUUUUCGCCUACGUCGGCUUCGACGCCGUGUCGACCAUGGCCGAGGAGACCAAGAACCCGGCCAAGGACAUCCCCAUCGGCCUCGUCGGCUCCAUGACCAUCACCACGCUUGCCUACUGCAUCCUCGCGGUCACCCUCUGCCUCAUGCAGCCCUACGGCCAGAUCGACGUCGACGCGCCCUUCUCCGUCGCUUUCAAGGCCGUGGGCAUGAACUGGGCCACGUACAUCGUCGCCUUCGGAGCUCUCAAGGGCAUGACCACCGUGCUCCUCGUCUCCGCCGUCGGCCAGGCCCGGUACCUGACGCACAUCGCCCGCACCCACAUGGUGCCGCCGUGGCUCGCCCACGUGAACAGCAGGACCGGCACGCCCAUCAACGCCACCGUCGUCAUGCUCGUCGCCACCGCCAUCAUCGCCUUCUUCACCGACCUCGGCAUCCUGGCCAACCUCCUCUCCAUCUCCACGCUCUUCAUCUUCAUGCUGGUCGCCGUCGCCCUCAUCGUCCGCCGCUACUACGUGAGCGGCGAGACCUCGGAGGCCAACCGAUCCAAGCUGGUCGUUUUCCUCCUGCUCAUCCUGGGGUCCUCGAUCGCGACGGCGUCCUACUGGGCCGCGAGCGAGAAGGGGUGGGUGGGCUACCUGGUGACCGUCCCGGUGUGGUUCCUGUCGACGGCCGGCUUGUGGUGGUUCGUGCCGCAGGCGAGGGCGCCAAGGCUGUGGGGGGUUCCGCUGGUGCCGUGGCUACCGUCGGCCUCGAUCGCCAUUAACAUAUUCUUGCUCGGGUCGAUCGACGGCAGGUCAUACAUGCGGUUCGGCAUCUGGACGGGCCUACUGCUAAUCUACUACUUCUUCUUCGGACUCCAUGCAUCCUACGACACGGCCAAGGCCGCCGAAGUUGCCGCGCCUGUGAAGAGACUGGAGGAAGGGAGUCCAGCGAACAAUGGACAGUGAGGAGAAGGUGAUAUCUAAGUGUUGAAUUUUAUAUGAGUAAUACAUGCGUCGUAAUGUCAGACUAAUUAAUUUCCAGGAAAUGUGAUCGUAAUGAUAGAAUUA